CUUCACUGAGUCACCUACCGUUUCGAAGCACAUUCCUCACCUCAGUUCCCCUUUCCCUCCUCAAACUUUUCUCAGCCACCCCGUAACAUCCAGUCGCCCUCUUAGCUCUCCAGUCGCAAUGGCUGACCACACCGUCUACCUCAUUACGGGCGCAAAUAGGGGCAUCGGCCUCGCAAUAACCUCGCUGCUCCUCACCCGCCCCAACACCACAGUCAUCGCCACCUCGCGCAAACCGCUCUCCCUUUCCGCUGUCGGAGGCGCCAACGUGCACCCGACAAGCAAGCUGGUCCCCGUCCUCCUCGACGAGGUUGACCCAGCCAUCACGUCGGCCACCCUCCCCGCCCGCCUGACCGCAGAGCACGGCAUCACCCACCUGGACGUCGUGAUCGCCAACGCGGGGACCUCCUCCGCCUUUGAAGGCGUCAUGUCGUCGUCCGCUAGUACUACUGGGGCCGACCCCGGCAAGGCCAUGCUGCGCGAUUUCGAGGUGAAUGCUGUCGGCCCGGCGAGGCUGUUCGGCGCGCUGUGGCCGCUGCUGGACAGUCAUCGCGAGCGAGCGGACGAGGACCGGGAGGGGAUGCGGAAGGUGAAGAAGUUCGUGCUCAUGUCUAGCUCGCUCGGCAGUAUUGGCGCUCUGGAGCAGGAGAGCCUGCCUGGGGUGUCGUAUGGUAUGAGCAAAGCUGCGGCGAAUUGGUGGGCGAAGAAGGUUAGUGUUGAGUUGAAGGGCAGACUGCUGGUGGGAAUUAUCCAUCCUGGAUGGGUGCAGACAGGUCUCGGACAAGCACUGGCGAGUGCGGUUGGCUUCGGCGAGCCUCCCACAACUCCUGAGCAGAGCGCAAAGGCGGUUGUAGAGCAGAUUGACAAUCUGACCCCUGAGAAGUCGGGUCAGUUUCUGAAGUACAACGGCGAACAGCUGCCUUGGUAGGGGAGGCUGUCUCCUCGCGAAGGUUGAAGUGUGCUCAGAGGCAUUUCUUGGGACAGGUCUCAGCUUUGAAGGAACCAGACUGCUACACCAGCAUGCCCGCCUCCGAGUAGAAUCGAAUACAGAAACGGACUCUUCGUUUUCUUUUUAGUGACAUGGCUCAUAAACAUACCAAGCCGAGUCCUCACCUCAUGAUGUCAAACUUUCAAUAUCUAAGGACCAAUAUGAUCACUCCUGCUAGGUAACUGCCCUAUAAACAGGGGAAGGGAAUCCCAGG